AUGACAGGGUCAGAGGCAAUUGUGAAGCACGACAGAGUCUCCAUCAAAGACAUUCACACUUUCUGCACGUUCAUAGUGACCAUGAAAAACCUCACAGAGAAAGACUCCGGGACUUACUGGUGUGGGAUAGACAAACUGGGAUUGGAUCUCAUGUUCUCUGUGAAAGUGAAUGUUCUUCCAGCUGUUCCUGCCUCACCACCCCCAGCACCAAUGAGAGAGACAACAGUUCAUGCUGCCUCCACUGAGUCUCCUUUCAGAUGGACUGCCCCUGAAGUGGCUGAAUCCAACUCCAUGGUUCACAGCAGCAACCCUCCUGCAGGGUACCUGGAAACACCCCGUCGCCCUUCGUUACCAGUGAACCUGCAGCCUCUUGUAAGGCAGCCAUCUGCAUGCCCAUGGAGGAGACACCGGACUCAGCAGCUGAUGAGGCUGCCUAUGAAAAUGUCAUUCAUGAGACCCAGGCUUCAAGAUCGACAGAAGAGGUUGCUCCUGGCACAGUGAAAUUUCCAACCUCACAUCAGCAGACCAUCUAUGCCAAUAUGAAUCCAAACACACGCAGUAGGACAUCCCCCUCUCGUCAUCAAGGAAAGCGUGGGAAAAAAAAUACUGGAUGAAGCUCAAUGCUCUUGGAACGUUUCCCCUCCUACUGUUGGAAUUUUUAGCGCUUGUUCUCAUUUCCCUGCAGUUACAUAGAAGCUUUCAGAUUCCUGUUCCUCCAUUAUUCUUCUUAUGCCAGGUCCCCCUGUACUGAGAUGCUAGUGUUGCUGCUGAAUGUGUCCCAUUCCCAGCGAGACUGUUUUCACAGAUUUACUUACCGCCCAGUGCUUCUCGUUCUUCACAGCAACUCGAAACAGAACAUAUUCCUGGUGGCUUCACCUUCUGGAUGACUGGGAGCAUUUCUAGAAAGACUUUGUAUGGGUCUGCAGGUUUGGCACACUCCCCCUUUGUCCGCCAUAAUUUCCGCGCU